GACACCUCUGCGUAUUUAAGGGCACUCAUGCCUUCUUCCUUGCUUCCCUUGGCUUCUUUUUAUUCUUCUGCUUUGUCCUCUUGUGGGCUGGUCUUGGCUUGGGGAGAAGAAGGGGGGAGGAGGGAGUGACUGCGCUGGGCAGGCAAAUGCUUAGCUCAGGAGUGGUGCUCCAUAGGAAAUUGGAAUAAUAAGUUGUUUUAAGGUUUAAGAGCAAACAAAACAAUGGAGAGGCAAAUCAUGGCCUCCUAUGAGACCAAGAAGAAUUGUGAAAUUAGGGUGUUUGAGAGUUCAGACGAGAUGGCAACAGAUCUGGCUGAGUUUAUUUCACAAGUUUCAGAAAAUUCCGUUAAGGAAAGAGGAUACUUCGCUAUUGCUCUAUCUGGAGGGCUUCUGGUCAAAUUUAUGCGGAAGCUCUGUGAAGCACCAUACAACAAGACCCUGGAUUGGUCUAAAUGGUACAUCUUCUGGGCUGAAGAACGUGCAGUAGCAAAGAACCAUGUGGAGAGUAACUACAAAUUAACAAAGGAAAAUUUUCUCUCCAAGGUGCCUAUUCUUAAUGGCCAUGUCUACUCCAUCAACGACAAUGCCACAGUGGAAGAGGCGGCAGCUGACUAUGAAUUUGCCAUCCGGCAGCUGGUCAAGGUUCGAACAGUUGGAGUGUCAGAGAGCAACGACUGCCCCAAAUUUGACCUCAUUCUUCUGAAUAUCGGUUCGGAUGGGCAUGUAGCCUCAUUGUUCCCCAACCAUCCAGCACUUGAGCUGAAAGAUGACUGGGUCACCUACAUCACCGACUCCCCAGAGCCUCCACCUGAGAGGAUUACCUUCAGUCUUCCUGUGAUAAACUCAGCAUCAAACAUCGCCAUAGUAGCUACUGGAGAAAACAAGGCAAAAGCCGUGUCUUUUGCCAUUUCUGACUGUAAUGAAGGCCCAGAUGCUACAUCAAUACCCGCUAGAAUGGUUCAGCCAAUCGACGGGAAGUUGGUGUGGUUUCUGGACAAGGCAGCUGCCACAUCUCUUGAGGCUAAGAAUGAUGCUUUUGCGCAUCAAUAGUGCUAACACAAACGUUGGAGUUGGACACCCUUUUUUAUUUGAAUGAAGAUUUGUUCAUGUAUUUGAUGGGUUUGGGUGCAAAAAGUUCUCUACCUUGAUGCAUUCAGACUGCGCACUAGUUUUGUGGAAAACGCUGCUUAGCUCUAAGAAGUCGAAAAAGAUAUUUUCCAUUUGGAGAUGGCUAAGAAUGCUGCAACGUGUAUUUUGUGUCGAGAACUCGAAGAUUGAGUAGUUAAGUUCGGCCAUUGGUCGCAUCAUAUGGUACUGCUAGUGUGCCCUCAAUUUUACCUUAGUUGAAAUUAGUUUUUGUUUUAGUUUUUCUAGCACAUAGGAGUAUUCUUGUGGGCACGUUCGGUGCCCUUAGCCUGGAUGCAUUUCAAUUAAGCUUCCCUCGGACUUCAUUUUUUUUCUAUUAUUUGUUUCAAAUGAGGAGAGGUAAUAUUAUUGAAA